AUGCAUGCAAUCAUCGCUGCUCUGCUUGCUGGGCCCAUUGUUGUGCGGUUUCUUUUCCGUCUUGUCUCUGCUGCUAUUAAUCCUGAGGAAUUAUUCAAGGAGCCACCAGGACCAACACCGCACCCUUGGAUUGGAAACUUGCUGCAGCUGGACCUUGAGAGGCCUUACAGAAGCCUGUAUGAGCUCUCGAAGAAGUAUGGAUCUGUGUUCACUGUCUACUUGGGACACAAAAAAAUGGUGGUUCUGGCCGGGUAUGAGGCAGUGAGAUUGGCUGUGGACGGCUAUGAGCAACGUAAUUCUCCUUUAUUGAAGGAUCUGAACCCAGGAUGUUAUGGAAUCAUGUUGGCAAAUGCCAUUGAAGUCUUUGGGAUGCCACAAAGUAUCUCUGAGGAGCAAAUCUUGGAGGAAUGUGGACAUCUGAUAGAAACGUUUAAAGAACACGAAGGGAACCCGUUCGAUACAACUGAUCCUGUGAAUUAUGCAGUUUCCAAUGUCAUUGCAUCGAUUGUGUAUGGAAACAGGGUUGACUAUGGAGAUCCUUGGUUCAGAAUCGUAGUGUCUGGAGUCGCUCAGAAAACCUCUUUCGCUGGUUCUGCAACAACCCAGUUUUACAUGUUUCCCAGAACGAUCUGCUCCAUGCCUCAUGCUAUGGUAAAAAAUGGUGAAAAGGAUGCCAGAUUCAUGAAGGAUUUUGUGAAGCAUCUGAAAAGGACGCUGAACCCGAAUACGAGCCGAGGGUUGGUGGAUGAUCUUCUGCUCCGGCAGCAGGAACAACAGGAUGCGGGUGUUCCAGUUUCUCUGUACACUGACCAGAACUUGGUGUCCUUGGUGGAUGACCUGUUUGCUACAGGAACCACCACAUCUGCUACCCUGAGAUGGGCAUUGCUGUUUAUGGCCAAAUAUCCACAGAUUCAGGACCAGGUCCAGGAGGAGCUGGACAGGGUGCUCGGAAAUGGUUGCAUCUCUAUGGAGGACCGGCAGAAUCUUCCAUUCACCAAUGCUGUGAUUCAUGAGACCCAGAGGAUGGCGAACAUCUACCCCAUGGCCAUUGCUUACCAGACCACCCAUAACAUUUCCUUCCAGGGAUACUUCAUCAAACAGGGAACAACCGUGUUUUCUCUGCUGACUUCUGUCCUGUAUGAUGAGAGUGAAUGGGAGACUCCACACACCUUCAAUCCUGCUCAUUUCCUCAAUGAGGAGGGCAAGUUCAUCCAGAGAAAUGCCUUUGUGGUCUUUUCCAAAGGCCGCAAGAUUACUCUUGGAGAGAGUCUGGCCAACAUGGCGCUGUUCCUCCUCUUCACCUCCCUCCUGCAGCGCUUUCGCAUCACUCCUCCAAUUGGAGUUUCAGAGGAUGACCUGGCUGUGACUCCAACUGAAGGAGCUCCUCCACCUCACCAGCUGUGUGCCGUCUGCCCUGCUCUGAUGGUCUGCUCUUCAUGCUGGGACAGCAGCUCUAAUGAAUCACGUAAGGAACCACCGGGACCAAAGCCGCUGCUUCUGGUUGGAAACUUGCUGCAGCUGGACCUUAAGAGGCCCUACAGAAGCCUGUAUGAGCUCUCAAAGAAGUAUGGAUCUGUGUUCACUGUUUACUUGGGACCCAAAAAAGUGGUGUUUCUGGCCGGGUACAGGGCAGUGAAAGCAGCUGUGGCCGGCUACAAGCAUUGUCCCUGUUAA